UCAUGCUGUGUGGGAGUGUAUGUGUGCUGUAUAUGCGUUCUCGUGCUCAUUCACUCGCUGGACUCACUAGUCACACGCAAUAAGGACUAAGAGACCUGAAAACGAAAAUUACAUAUACUCCUAAAGCGCAAAGGAUAUUCUUCAUCAACAACCUUUUGCAGUUUCGAGUUGAGUUGUGACUGCCGUCCCUCCACCAUGGGUGCAUUUAUUGCUAAGAUGCUGCUUCCUACAGUCAGCAGCCUGGUGUUCCUGCCUAUAGCCAGCGUGGCCGCCAAGAGGGGCUUUCACAUGGAGGCCAUGGUUUACUUCUUCACCAUGUUCUUCACUGCGAUCUACCAUGCAUGUGAUGGACCAGGCCUCUCCAUCCUGUGUUUCAUGAAAUAUGACAUCCUGGAGUACUUCAGUGUUUACGGCACAGCUCUCUCCAUGUGGGUCACACUUAUAGCUCUAGGCGACUUUGAUGAACCUCAGCGCUCCAGUAUGACCAUGUUUGGAGUGUUGACAACUGCAGUGAGGAUCUACCAGGAUCGCUGGGGCUAUGGGAUCUACUCUGGGCCCAUCGGAUCAGCAGUCUUCAUCAUCACUGUCAAAUGGCUGCAGAAGAUGAGGCAGUUGAGGGCAGUGUAUCCAGAGAAGACAGUGUAUACACAGCAGGUCGGUCCAGGCUGCUGUUUUGGCGCUCUCGCUCUGAUGCUGCGUUUCUACUUUGAGGAGUGGGACUACGCCUACGUCCACAGCUUCUACCAUCUGUCUCUGGCUGUGUCCUUUAUCCUGCUGCUGCCAAAGAAGAACCGCUAUGCAGGGACAGGACAAAACGCUGCUAAGCUCAGCUGCUUCGCUCUCUGCUGCUGCUCCAUGUCACCUGGCACUUCUAAAGAAAAGACAGACAAACCAAAGAAGAAGUCUCGGACUGUGUGGACAGUCCCCACCGAAAAGCUGUGGACACGAGGCUGUAGCACCCCUACCCUGCCUCUUUACAACCAACCACCCUCAACACCUAUCAAAGGCACCAGCAUCAGCAAGCUCAAAGAGAUGAAUGGUUGGAAAUGAACCCAAAAACAUAAAUGUCAGGUCCAAUGUAGGAGGACUUCAUCCUGAAGAACAGACAUAGAUAGUGGUCGGUUAUAAGCGGGAAAUGGGAAAAUCACCAAAUAACUGUCAGCCAAAUGCUGAUAAACUUGUAUGUGGCUGGUAAGUUAAUCUACUUCAGCAGGAAACCAACCAUCAUGUCGACGUUCCUUUCUACUCCAAAAACUCAUUUUUGGCUGGUAGAAUAUUUAAGGUCAGCAGUGACUUUAGGAAUCCACCAGCUACUGUAGCCAGCAGGUAAAGAAACAAAAGCACCCUGAUGUGGUUCUAAAAUUUAAGGGCAAGAGCAAAAGGUGAAUUAGGCCUCCGGUGCCCUCAAAGACCCAAUAAGAACACAGCUGUCUGAAGCACUUGUCCAAAGCUGAGGACAGGCAGCACGCUACGAAAGAACACACACAGCACGAACAGGGAGACGGUGGCUGAGACAAGCCAGUAAAACUGACUGGAAAAUUUAUGAGAAGAACAAACAGGCAGAUGUUUUAUCUCUCCAAAAUAUAUAAAUUGUCUUUAGAAAUGUUCCUCAGGGGAGACCCUUCGUCUGCUCGCCUCUGUCUGUCCGUCCCCCCUCUUUCUCUUUCCCGUCUCUCUCAGGGAAAGGAACCACGCGGCUGAAUUCGUUCAAAAGAAUUACAAGACUGUAAAGCAAAUUUUACCGUUCUUAUACGUCCUCAAGGUGCCAAAUGUGUCAUGUGGAGCAUCAGAUGUUGGAACGAGGGAAAGCGGCGGCCCAGACAUCAGUCUGUAAUCUGACGGAAGCAUCUUGAUGUGUUUCUGGAUCAGUAGGUGGACUCCUCUGUCUGUUAACUCUAGUUCAUUGACCGAGCAGCUUUGGCUAUGACCUCUGUCUCUAAU